AUGACGUACUCAAGGCGAAAUCCGGUGGAACUCGGAAGGGAGGCAGCUGUCGUGGAUUCGAAUUCACUCAAUAAAAAUGCUUAUUCAGCCAUUGUAGAAUCUACUAGCUAUGGAAUCUGACAAAAAUGCGUUCCGUGUGGAGUUCCCCGACUUCUCGUGCUCCAUCCUGCAGAAGCUCAACCAGCAGCGCCAGAGGGGCCAGCUGUGUGACAUCAUCGUGAGCAUCGGGGGCCACCAGUACCGGGCGCACCGCGCCGUCCUGGCGGCCAGCUCCCCGUAUUUCUGCGACCAGGUCCUGCUCAAGAACAGCGCGCGGGUGGUGCUGCCGGAGGUGAUGAACCCGUGGGUGUUUGAGGGGUUGCUGCAGUCGUGCUACACUGGUUCUCUCACCCUGCCCUCGUGCGAGGUGGUGGCCUUCCUCACGGCCGCCAGCUUCCUGCAGAUGUGGCACGUGGUGGAUAAGUGCACCGAGCUGCUGGAGGGGAACUCGUCGCGUUCACACAAAACCCCGUCGGGAGCAGGGUGUCGGAGCGGCAGCCGAGCCGAACAGCACCCGUCCCCCGACGGCGAGAGUCACCAUGGUGACCGAGGCGAAGAAGCUUUCUCAGACGGCAUGGGUGUUGGAGGGAGUGAGGGAUUUGGCAGGAUGACGAGCUGCAGAGGGUCAUCGGACUUUGAGCAGCUGCUGGACGAGAGCUUUUCGCCGCACGCGCUCGAGCUCGGCGCGCCCCCUAGUGGCAACGGCUCCUCGCCGCCUGACCGGGCGGAGUCGGCCAGCGAGAACGGAGACACGGAGGCGGAGCUCCCCAGGUCCAGGCCUAGGCCUGUCUACGUUCCGCCGAGCAUCAUGGGACACAGGAAGUGGACACAGGUGAAAACGGAGAGGCCGUGCCGUGACGACUGCAAUAGCCUGUUCACUGCUGAGACGGCCAGCACAGACUCGGAGCAGCUGGGCCUGCCCCCUCACCAAGGAACCUCCUCCAUGCACUCCGCAGACGACAGCGUGGACGAGAAGCUGGUCAGCGAGCUUGAGGAGAGCCUGGACUGUGACCCCCUGGACUUCUACGGCACCUCCAUGGACCGCUUCCCCAACGACAAGGACGAGAGUUCGCCCGGCGUGUCGAAGAACAGCCCCCUGGAACUAGGCCCAGGAAGAAGAGGCGGUGGCGGCGGCGGCGGCGAUGAUGAUGACGACGACGAGGAUGGGAUGGAUGGCACCCAGGACGAGACGUCCAACUCCGGUUUCGGAUCGGGCGUCUAUAAGCUCUACCCGUGCCAGUGUGGCAAGAGCUUCACCCACAAGAGCCAGCGCGAUCGGCACAUGAGCAUGCACAUGGGCCUCCGGCCGUACGGCUGUGCGGUGUGCGGCAAGAGCUUCAAGAUGAAGCAUCACCUGGUGGGCCACAUGAAGAUCCACACGGGCAUCAAGCCGUACGAGUGCAGCCUGUGCUCCAAGCGCUUCAUGUGGCGGGACAGCUUCAACCGCCACACCGCCUCCUGCAGAAGGGCUCACCAGGCCAAGAGGUCCGCCACAGAGCAGAGCAUCUGCUGAUCCCAGGCCCAACACGGGAGUCUCCAGUCGGGCGGUGCUGGGUAAGGUGUGUGUGGUGCAGAUUCAGGGACAAAUCGACUUUGUUCAGGACCAUCCUCUCUGAAUUUUGGUGCCAUCCUUGUCAAGACCUUAAAGUGUUUAUGUCUAUUUGAUUUUGUCAACAGGCUAUCAGUGAUUUCAUUCAGACGUUAGGCUUUUGGCAGUGUCAGACAUCAUUUCAGGUUUUUGUUUUCCCAGGGUAUCUACUCAUUGUCAAACCUGGGGCCUGUACUAUGACACAAAAUGCCCAGAGUGUCUUUCCGCUAGCUGAUAAAAGGGGUGGUGUCGGACUUUGUUGGCACUAGUCGCAAAUAAAGCCACUCAUUUCACGUCACAGGAACAAACUAAAGUACUUGCUUGAAAUACGAGUUUAAUGGGUUGCUAAGAUGUAUUAUUUUCAUGUAUAAACCAUUAUUAGUAUCAUUCUAAAAUGCUUCCAGCCUUCUUAAGAGACCCUUAAACUAUAGGCGCACUGAGAUCAUCUGGAAUGGUUAUACAGUACUAUUUUUCAAGUGCAUUAAUUGGUUGGCGCACAGUGUCAUGCGAUUUCCCAUUCCCAAGGUUAGGUUAUACAUUGUGCAGUAGGCCUAAGCCUCUAUGCUUAUGGAUGAUCUCACUAAUGAGCUCCAUUACUUUUGGAAUCAGAUGUUUGCUUCAACAGCUGGGUAAAGUUUAGAAACAUCAAAAUAGAUUUUGUAUAUUUUACAUCUUUUCGAAAUACUAUUCCUGUUACACAUCAGUAAUAUUGUCAGUGAAUUUUAGGGUAGCAGUACCUACAGGCUUAUUGUACCAGAAAUAAAUCAAAUGGUGACACCGAGGCACACACUGAACUGUGAUGCAUGUGUACCUUAACACCCCUUUGAUUAACCCUUAAAAUAAAACCACCAGUGUGCCGCUGAAAACCUUAAAGUACAGGCUCCAGGUGCUGGCAAAACAAAACUGCUUAGGGGAAUUGGGAGAGACUGGGAAAACGACAUGUAUUGGGCCAGCUAAUGUGCCUCAGUACAUUUCAAUACAUAAAAUUACUGUGAAAAAGUGCUCUCAUUUUGAUGCUGAUGUACCUUAUUCACUCACGGUCAAGUUGCAUUUUAGCGAGGCACCAUUUUACUUGUGAGUACCAUUGACGUUUACUUAAGUGAUGGUCUUUAUUUCAUAAUUUUCUGGUACAAUAGAUACUCCAUUUUGUUUUAAAAGAUGCUUUUUAUUUCCGUCCUAGAUGCCACUUCCCACUGAUGCUCAAUACCUCAGUUUGUGUAAGCCAGCAAACAGAGUAUGUUGAUACCGUACAAUACAUAAACAGUUGAAGCACCUCACCCCCAGAUAUCAGUGGAAGACAGUAGAGAGAUACUGCCUUACUUUCAUUUUCAACAAUUUAGUACUCUGAAUCACUUCUGGUUCAUUGGCUUCAGAGAGAUUCUGAAUGAUCUGCUGUUAGGAAUUAUGAACAAGAAACCUCAUUCACAAUUAAACCUCACUGGUUGCUUUGGGGUAUGUAGAUGUACAGAUUUCUGCCUAUAUCCAAAUGUAAGAAGUAAAUCAAAGGCAAAGUGUAUUUAUGUAGAGUUAGUUUAUUGAGAAUCUGAUCAUUUAGAUCAAAUAAAAACGGGUAGUUUGUGUAUGUGUGGGGGGGUUCCAUUGAAAUAAGGUUACUGUCAUAUUGAUAACUUUUAUAACAUCGGUAUUUCUAUUCUCCUGUCUCUGUAGUUUUUUAAAGAAAUGAUUUGGUUUCUAUCUUUGCUUCUUGAAAUGUCUUCAAAUGAUGUUGAAAUCAACAGGUAAUUUCAGCGUGGGAUCAUGAAGUUCUCAUUGAUCUGGAUAGAUCAUCAGUGCCUGGGAGCUUGGAAGACACUGUUGAGACUUACAUUCAACGUGUAUAGCCUACUUGUCACAUUUUAUCCUGACUUCUUGAUUUUUUUUUUCUGAUAAAAUGUUUAAAAUUGUGAAAUAAUGAGAUUUGUGUAACCUGAAUUGUGUCUUUAAUUUGCCUUUUUCCAGGUCAUUAGUGAUUUUUUUAUGUAGAGUGAAGGACAAUCAUUCAGGAUUUUAAUGGUUAAAAUAAUAAUAACAAAAAACCUUUGUCUAUGCGAAUCCAACCCUUGGGACGAGAGCAUAACACACUGGCAUAAAAGAGCUAGAAGAAAGUCAGGUGUUUUGUGCCCUUUAAAACCCCUUUAAAGAGUAUAAACUAAUGUUUAAAUUUGAUGUGACCAUAUUUAUAAAAGUUAUGUCUAAAUUAAGUGAUCAAGACAAUCAGUACUUCUAAUAUAUAUUUCUGAAAUUUUUAUUUAACCAUGGACUUGUCUAAUGGAGUUUGUGCUAAUGAGAAAAAAACAAUAAUCUUUUCUUCAUAAAAGUCAUUCAUUCCUCUUUCUGACAAAUUUCAACAUUUCAGAAAAUCGAAUUGGAAAAAGGUUCUAAUCCAUCAAAAAUCUUACUUGGGAUAUGUAUUUACCGCCAAAUGAAAACUACCUCAAGAGGACAUCUCCAUUUGGUUCCUUGUCUUAAUUUUUGUGUACUUUUGUCUUUUUAAAAAGAAUUCCCAAUGUGUUUUAUGAUUUUUUUUCUUCUUAUAGAAGAAUAUAAACGUUUUGUACAGAUGGGUUCAGCAAUAAAUAUUGUCUUUUUCUUUAGAAAUGUGUAUU